GGAGGGGAGGCGGGGGCGGACGGGCGCCCGGCCAGUGGGGCGAGUCCGUCUCCAGAGGAUAAAUUCUGCCCAGGAGAGCACUGCAAUGAGAGGGCAACGGCAGCUGCAGUGAUCCUGAGCGAUUCCUCAAAGUGUUGCUAUGUAUGAAGCAAAAGCAAGACAGAAGUUUAUCAGUGAUGCUCAGUACCUGAGGGAGAUGCAGCACAAGAUGGAUACAGAAUAUCAGGCUUGCCUGAGAAAACAAGAGCAGACUAGAGAGCAGUCUGAGAAAAAGCGAGAACAGCACGCCAGACAAGAAAUGAGGCAGACAAGCAUAUCAUCCAUCUCUAGUGUGCGUAGUUAUGAAAGGCCAUGGAUUUCACGACUCCCCGUCAACAGACAGAUCUCUUCUGAGGAAGUUUGUGGAUGUGAAUCGAAAUCCUCUAUGAAGUCUCCUGGGAACAAACCAGAAGCUAAAUUUCCUGCCAUUGAUAAAAUACCUGUGAAACAGAAACAAAAAGCUGGCACGUGGUCCAAAAAAACAGAAAAGAGUGGAACUAGCCCUAAAAAAGCUUCAGAUUUUCAGAAACCAGUUUUAUUAAGAAGACAGCGGAUGAGCCAGAGAAGUUUUCUGGAAAACCCAGACUCUGAACAUGUGAAAAGAGUGGAAGGAAAAGGAAGGAAAACACCCUUGCUUCAGGGGGCAGCAAAGAUCAGCAGAGGGUCUGGCCUACAAGAUGGCGCAGGACAAAAAAGUGCCUCUGCUCCCAAGAACAAGAAGAAAUCUCAAGAAAAAAGAAAUUUACUCCAGACUUCUAAAUUUAGCAUAGAUGGCAAAAAUCUAGACAAUGAUCUCAAAAAAGAAAAUGUCCCUACUGCAGCUCAGCAGCUCCCAAUUCAUCCAACAGAGUCUACCAAUCCAAUUGGUAAUAGCUCUUUGGUGUCAAGCGAGUCAAAUAGCUCCAACUUUCCGCCCAUUAAUAAUGUCCCCGUGAGACCUAAAGAGGAUGAUUCAUGCGCAGAGCUGUGUUCGAAUGUUGAGGGUUCUGCCGCACACCAUGAAGGUACCACAGAAGCUGGCCCCUUCCGAGAAGAGCUCCAUCAUUCUUACUGUGACCAAAACAACAGAGUCUGUGUGACGCCUUUAACCCAAGCAGAGUAUUGUACAUGCGAAAUGGGAGCGGAGGAUGAGGGACGACGGGCUGAACUUUCUCACCGACUGGUGUGGCAACACAGUUUACCGGCAGACCCAGCCACUGAACUGUCUUCAACAGGACAAAGGCAGACAAGGAAGUCUUGCCCUCUUAAAGAAAGCCUUUUGGAAGACAGUCGUAAGAAUGAAGGCGAAAAGUCAGUAUUUAGCGGCAGAAGCCCGUGUGCUGAAAGCAAGCCAGGAAGUGCCUCCGCCAAUGACUUUGUCGGCGAUGUAAAUUCUACAGAAGACUGGUCAGGAAGCAACAUUUGUGGCAGAGAAAGGCAGUCCUUUGAAAACAAUCAGAGAUGCUAUGCAGGACUCAUUAGUUCCGUCAGGCCCGUGGUUCAGAGGUCCUCUGCACGUUCUACAUUUAAUAUCCCAGGGUCCUUAGCACAACCGACAAACCGAGCCGAAACUCCAGGCAACACGGAUGUUGCUGCAACUUCAGUGCCAGUGACUGGGAGUCCCAGACUCGUAGCUCAUAGGCAGCUGACUCCCCUAAGAAUGAGGGAUUCCUUCUCAGCCACCGAAAGCUGUCAGUCUUCCUCGCCCACCAUCAGCACCUUCGAGGACAGCAGCCCGCUCGAGGACACCCUGAGCAAUCUGCUCAGCAGCGCCUCUCCAAGCUCCGCCUCCCACGACGAAGAUAACCUUCUGACUUCCCACAAUUCCUCAUCGUCCACAGAUUCUUCCCAGCCGUCCCUUUUCCAGGGAAUCUUCACAGCCCGCCUUCACAUGGCUGGCACGCUGCAAGACCAGGUUCCGAUUUUCCUGACGGUCUCUGAUCUGCGAAAUCCAAGCAGUUUUGUGAGCAGCGCAACUGUCUGCAGUUCCCCAAACACAAAGGAAAUGAAUAAACCUGAGACAGACCCAGAAAAGCUUAAAAAACUGCAAGAGAGUCUCCUGGCAGAGGACUCGGAAGAGGAAGGAGACCAGUGCCGGAUAUGUCAGAUUGCUGGUGGGUCCAUAGCCAAUCCGCUGCUGGAACCGUGCGGGUGCGGCGGGACUCUUCGAUUUGUCCAUCAAGAAUGUCUAAAGACCUGGUUAAAAGCCAAGAUUAAAUCAGGUGCUGAGCUUGGGGCAGUGAAAACAUGUGAACUGUGUAAGCAGAGUUUGACCGCAGAUCUGGAUGAUUUUAAUGUGAAUGACUACUACAGGAACCAUCAGCAGUCUCAGGCCCAGAGUGAGCUGAUGAACUCUGGUCUCUACCUUGUGCUGCUGCUUCAUCUGUAUGAGCAAAGGUUUGCAGAACUCAUGAGGCUGAACUACAACCAAGCCUCCAGAGAUCGGCUGUCCAGACAACCCAGAACGGAGGAAAACCAAAGUAGGUUUUUAUCCAGCUUUCUGCUUAAUUGUUCUCUAUGUUAACAAUUGCUGUAGCUCAUAAAGACUAUAUAUAUUCCUUCCCAUCCUUAAUAU